AUGAGAUUGAAGGAGUUGAGGAGAGUGAGAGAGAGAAGUAGUGAUGAUGAUGAGGAAAAGGAAUACCAAAUUGAGCAUCACAGUGGCAAGGGAUUAGCUAGCAAUGGUGAUGGUACUGAUGGCAAUGAUGGUGAUGAUGGUGAGGAUGGUGAUGAAGAGGAUGACGGUAAUGAGGAAGGUGAUGAUGAGGGUAUGGGGUUCAAGCGUAAUUGGAAUAAGGAAAUCAUUGCACAAUUCUUUGCAACUGGGUACUUUGGGCAUGUUGCAAAUGAGAGGGCUAUGUUUUGGAUGACAGAGGGUGAUACACACCAUAUUACAUAUCCUGGAUUUGCAUCAAUGUUCAAAUUUAGGGAUGAUGAUCACACUCAUGUUAAGCUCCAUGAUGGAGGUGUCUUUGAUACAUCAAAUAUGCACUUGAUGUAUCCUAAGAACAAGAGAGGAGAAUGGGGGAAGUCUCCUCGCUCUCCAAUUUCUCCUUCACCUCUAGAAGUAGAAAUUCCAUCAGUUGAGGAAAUAAUAGGAGAGUUCAUGUCAUCUGGUUACUUUGAUCAAUAUGGAAGCAUGUUCUAUCCGGACAUGGGAGGUUCAUCCUCAACUCCUCCACCUUUUCAGCCAUACACAGCAGGAGGAUUUGAUGCGUUUGUCUAA